GAGCUUCGUAUACCCGGUCAGUGCCUCGACGUUCGAAUGUCAUAGACUAUCCAACUGUCCUAUGCCGACGAUGCUGUAGCCUAUUACAUGCCUGGUAAAAGUAAGGAAAGUUUGGAUGACGACUCGUUUGCUGCCUGCGCCCCACGUACCUAGGUAUAACAUGUCGAGCUCAGAACUCCUUCCCCGCAACACCAUUCCCGCACAGCACCACCAUGGCAUCCGAGACAUCACCAGACGUGCCCAAGGGCAGGAAGAGGUUCAUUCCCCUGGAGAACAAUCCUGAUGUCAUGUCCGCCCUCGUUCACAAGCUCGGUCUCUCGGAGAAGCUUGCAUUCCACGAUGUCUUCAGCAUAGACGAGCCUGAGCUACUUGCUUUUGUGCCGCGGCCUGCCCAUGCUCUGCUCCUCGUGUUUCCCGUCAGUAAGACAUACGAAAAGUUCCGCGUACAGGAAGACCAGGACAAGACGGAGUACCAGGGACAUGGCCCGGAUGAAGAGGUUGUCUGGUACAAGCAGACAAUUGGAAAUGCCUGUGGCCUAAUCGGCCUGCUCCAUGGUGUCUCCAAUGGCUCCGCACGCGCUCAUAUCAAACCCGACUCAAACCUCGCCAAGCUGGUCAACGACGCGAUACCACUCAAGCCCAUUGAACGAGCCGAUCUCCUCUACGAGUCUGAAGCACUCGAGAGCGCGCAUCAAGACGCUGCAUCGGGAGGUGACACCGCUGCGCCCGAAGCCGAUUCCGAUGUCGACCUACAUUACGUCUGCUUCAUCAAAUCGGACAAAAACCACCUUUGGGAACUUGAUGGUCGACGGAAGGGUCCUCUUGACAGGGGCACGUUGGCUCCAGAUGAAGAUGUUCUCAGCGAAAAGGCUCUUGACCUGGGCGUGCGUAGCUUCCUGAAGCGCGAGGCAGAGGCCGGUGGAGGCGAGCUGCGUUUCAGUCUGAUCACGCUUGCCGAGUCAUUCUAGGAACGGCUAACCAGCUGUGGAGUCUAGAGAGUACACGAACCAGACCAAGUAGAUUGGUAACGAAUAUCUUGAGAACAAGUACUGUGAGGCACGAUAUCGCUGCUACGGCUGUCUGCAUAGAUUCAAAGCAUGCUUAGACCGUUUGAUGUGACUCAAAACUCAUCUACCUUUACUUCUCGUCCUUCCUUCAGCGGCAGAUAGACCUUCUCCCAUAGAUCA